GCGAACCGGUUUCGCCUCGGAGAGCCGGCAGAUCUCGGCGCUGCAGUCGCGGUGCUCGCCUAGCUGCUUCCCGGGGAUCGCAGCGGGCUCAGGUUUGCCUUGGGUCCGGUCAGUGCCAUGAUCCGCCAGGAGCUCUCCACAUCCUACCAAGAGCUGAGUGAGGAGUUGGAUCAGGUGGUUGAGAACUCAGAGCAGGCGGACGAGCGGGAAAAGGAGGCGGUCAAAGUCCAGGGUCCAGGGAUCUUACCAGCCCUGGACAGCGAGUCCGCCUGCAGCAGCAUCCACUUUAGCAAGGCCUGCCUGAAGAACGUCUUCUCGGUGCUGCUCAUCUUCAUCUACCUGCUGCUCAUGGCCGUGGCCGUCUUCCUGGUCUACCAGACCAUCACGGACUUUCGUGAGAAACUCAAGCACCCUGUCAUGUCAGUGUCUUACAAGGAGGUGGAUCGCUACGACGCCCCAGGCAUUGCCCUGUACCCUGGUCAGGCCCAGCUGCUCAGCUGUAAGCACCAUUACGAGGUCAUUCCACCUCUGAGGAGCCCCGGCCAGCCAGGAGACAUGAACUGCACCACCCAGAGGAUCAACUACACAGACCCCUUCUCCAGUCAGACCCUGAAAUCUGCCCUGAUUGUGCAGGGGCCCCGGGAGGUGAAGAAGCGGGAGCUGGUCUUCCUCCAGUUCCGCCUGAACCAGAGCAGCGAGGACUUCAGCGCCAUCGAUUACCUCCUCUUCUCCUCUUUCCAGGAGUUCCUGCAAAGCCCAGACAGGGUAGGCUUCAUGCAGGCCUGCGAGAGCGCCUAUUCCGGCUGGAAGUUCUCCGGGGGCUUCCGCACCUGGGUCAAGAUGUCCCUGGUGAAGACCGAGGAGGAGGACGGGCGGGAGGCGGUGGAGUUCCGGCAGGAGACCAGCGUGGUUAACUACAUUGACCAGAGGCCAGCGGCCGAGAAAAGUGCUCAGUUGUUUUUUGUGGUCUUUGAAUGGAAAGAUCCUUUCAUCCAGAAAGUCCAAGACAUAAUCACCGCCAAUCCUUGGAACACGAUCGCUCUUCUCUGUGGGGCCUUCUUGGCAUUAUUUAAAGCUGCAGAAUUUGCCAAACUGAGUGUGAAGUGGAUGAUCAAAAUUAGGAAGAGAUACCUUAAAAAAAGAGGUCAGGCAACGAACCACAUAAGCUGAAGUCGCCUGCGUUGUUCGUAGGACUGCCCGAGUUCAUGGAAGUUCUCAUCACUUCUGCUUUGGUAAACCUAGCUGCCAGCAAUCCUGUCCUCACUUGAAGAAACGAGCCUUGCUGGGGGCCUGCCUGUCACACUGCAGCUUCUAACUGGUCCUCAGAGAGACUGUCUAGAGCCCAAUGGAACAGAUCCAAUGGAUGACCUAACCGUUAUUUAAGUAUUUAAAUUAUUAAUGAACAUUUUUUGACAUAUGACAUGAAUAGGGUUUGUGGAAGAUGGAAUUAGAUAUAAUCCAGUUUCCUGAAGGUUUUUGGAAGCUGCCUCCUUUCUCGGUUUGGUGUAUAGUUAAGGUCUAACAGGAUGAUUAAGGCUCUGACCUUAGGUUUUUUUCUUGAGAUUUUUUUAAAUGGACAGAGGAGAGUGUGAUUUUCUUCUCCCCCACCAGUGAUUCUUCGGGUGUGGAGGUCAUGCUGUGGAACCGGUGUACGGUAUGUGAGAAACGCAAAACCCCUCAUGUCUCUGGCGCCAUCUGCCAGCCCCUGACAUGCUCUCUUGUUUGUUAAAUAUUAAAUGAGACUUUUUUUUAAAGCUACUAGAAAAACUAGUAAUUAGAUCUCUUGUGGACUGACUAGCCACCUACCUGUCUGCCUAGAAUACUGGUUGAUGCAGGUAUGAGUUCGGACUGAUUAACAUACAAAAACACUAGGACAUGUGUACAUAGUAGGUGCCUACUCAGUGUAUUUUGAUGAUUUCAUUAAUAGGUGAAUAAAAGUUAGGUUAAUACAAAAGGAAUCAGUGUGCCAGUAUGCAUAUCUGCUAAAUCAAUAGGCACCAGUACGCUUUCAUUCCGUGAUCUCCAAAUAAAAGGGAGUGUGAGCCUGGACUUCCACAAUGGACGGGUCUGGACUCCUGAGGUACAUCAUGACCACGUCCAGGGAAGGGCAAUGUGGGCAGGCGAUAGAUGGCAGGUGGUCAGGAAGUGACAAUAAAGCCCCAUGAAUAAGCUGUGUUAGCUCUUCCUGUCCUACAAACCCCCCACCCAUCUGAGAAAGGGGCCCUCAGUAUGACCCUCAGAGCUUUCAGCCCAGCCUGUGACAGAGAUGAGUACCCUCUGGGUAUUUUUCACAUGGUAGCCAUUGGCUGAUUUAAGGUUAUGAAGAUUAUUUCCAGAGUUUUAAAUUAUUUACAUGCCCUUUGCCUCCAAAGAGGACUUGGUAGCAUUUCAAUUCUGUAACCCCGUUUUAGAUAAUUCAAAGAGAACAGCUCAAAUGUAUGAGUGG